AUGGAUGGUGUCAGAUCCUCCCGUCCGGACAAGCCGUACCAACGCACUUACAAGGCAUGCAUCCCUUGCCGACAAAGGAAGGCCAAAUGCGAUCUAGGAACCGGCCCAGAUGGCCUUCCGAUCGGCCCACCAUGUGCGCGCUGCCGAAGGGAACUAAGGGAGUGUGUGUUUCCGGAGAAACGGGCGUGGGAAAGAUCCCGCAAACGAGCGCGAUCCCCAGAGAGCUAUGAGACGGAUGUCUCACCCCGCCACUCCAGUCAACUUACGACGGCAUCACCUGAUACUUCUGUCCUCGCACAAAAUCGGACACAGAACUCGCAUCAUGCGGUGGAAGUAGCCAGCUCAAAACCCGAGAACAACUUUCAUCAGGAGCAGAAUUUUCAGUCGAGAUGGCAAUAUCAUCAGGAUCAAGCGGGGUCUCAUCGUGGCUCCCUCGAUCACCAUUCUGCAGGGCCUUCACGAACUGAUCAGUCCCCUUCUCAUACAUAUGAAAAUAACAAACACCGAUCGAAUUCUACGCUCGCGAGCACUAUGAUGCGAACUGUCGUUUCAAGUGGCAAUGAUGCACUCAAUAUUCUUUUCGAAGCUGCAACUGCCCAAGAAGAAAAUAGUCCUGAUACUAGCUCUGAACCGCUAGCUGGGCCUCCAUCGGCUGGUCCGAGUACUCAAGAUCGAACGCCUGGAAAUUACGAUUCCGGAUUUGAGUCGGUGGCACGGGUAAUACGCCCCGUCAAGCUAUCCGAUGCCUCCCAAGACACUCUCAAUGUCUGGGAGGCUUGUAGAUUUGUCAAGAUGGGCUGGUUUACUGCUAGAGAGGCUGUUACGUUUAUUGAUCUGUUCUAUAAGAACAUGUCCUGCUUGUCUCCGAUUUUGACUGAUUUCUACGCCAAUCAUCGAUAUCAUUACUGGUUGAUUACUCGGGAGCCAGUUCUAUGCUGCACUAUUCUCAUGAUCUCUUCCCGCUAUCACGUCCUGCCUGGUGCAGGGGGGGAGUCAAGGAAUUUCUUUAUCCACCACCGACUAUGGUCCCAUUCCCAGAAGUUGACGAUGCGGCUGAUAUUUGGGCAAGAAAAAUCAACAAAAUCCAAGGUGCGGAGUCUUGGUACUGUGGAGGCGCUUUUGUUGAUGUCAGAAUGGCACCCUCGCGCCCUACAUUUUCCGCCUGAGACGGAUGGCUGGGACGAUGAUUUGAUCCAACCAGCGCCCAGGAAUCAUGAGAAUAACGAUCCGAGCUCAGAACCGGGCAGUCGCGGGGUAGAGGAUAUAAUCGAACCAGCACGCCGAUCUGACCAAAUGUCCUGGAUGUUGCUAGGGUGUGCGCUGUCCCUUGCACAUGAACUGGGUAUAUUCGAGACAGAUGGAAGCACCUCACCAGCGGACGAACCAGAAUGGAGAGAUCAGAUGGCAAUUCGUUGGCAGCGCGUACAACGCUUGCUAUACGUCUACAUCAACCAAUUGGCUUGGCGGAUCGGAUGCAUGUCACCGAUUCCUCAAUCCUUAAACCAUGCUAUCCUGGGCGGACGUAAACCACAAGGACUGAGUCUACCGGGCAGCACGUGGUUGACUUUCAUGGAUUCGUGGAUCGAGCUUACCAAGCUUGCCAAGUCUGUCACUGAUAUGUUCUUCCCCUCUGCGGCGUUUGCACGCCAGCAAUUGCACAGUGGCCGAUAUAUUGGUCUUCUUGAGCACUUCCGACCUCUUCUCAACCAAUGGAAAGACAAGUAUCUACAGCCCCAGGUACUUGAUAAAGCAUUCUACAACGAUCUAUUCAUCGAAUACCACUUCGUCCGCGUCUACACCCACUCAGUGGGAAUGCAAGCAGUAGUGGAGCGUGCUGUCGCAGAGAACGACCCCAACAACUUUGAUGGAGUACGACCCAUGACCAUCGACCCAACAGACUACGAAUAUAUCCAAGAGGUGAUCGAUGGAUGUGGUCAGAUCUUGCAGAAAGUCACUCACCUAGCGGAAGUAGGGGCACUACGAUUCUCACCAGUUCGAAUUGUUCUCCGCAUAACCAGUGCCUCGAUCUUCUUGAUGAAAGCGCUAAGUCUGGGCACGCGCCAAGCCAAGCUCCAGGAAUCGAUUGAAAUACUAGAAAAGAGCAUCAAAGCCCUCAAGUCAAACGCCUUGGAUGAUGUCCAUCUGAGCACACGAUAUGCCGCGCUACUAGAGAUGCAUGUCUCGCGCUUGCGGCGCAAUCUGCUUGCAUCGUCAAAAGUCGUGAAAAGUAGUCAAGACGCCCCACAAAGAUCAUCCAUGGGGCCCCCUCCUUGGCCGGACAAUGGUGACCGGGCAAAUCUCACGAGGGCCCCUGCAUUGCAGGACCCACCGCCGGAGCUGGGAUACAUCCCUUCCUUGAAUGAUAUUGGUGCAGAUAACUGGCUUUCGCUGCCAUUUGACCCAUCGAUGGCGCCGUUUGAUAUGAGCCAUGGAUGUCAAUUUCCGAUAUUCAACUCUACACACGGGACCUCUACGCCGCCCACCACGCCUCCCUCCAAUCCUAUCUCCGCUCAACGCAUACCCUCCUCAACAGCUCUGGAUGCAGCCGUCCACGCCGUCUCCCUCCUUGAAGACGACCCUCUCUUCAACUGCGGCCGCGGCAGCGUCUUUACAACAGCCGGCACUAUCGAAAUGGAAGCCUCAGUAAUGGUGACAUCCAUCAACCCUCCCCACGCAACACAACCAGGCGCAAUCAAGCGUGGCGCAGGCGUAAUGGGUGUCCGUAAUGUGCGCCAUCCGAUCCGUCUCGCGCGCGAAUCGCUUCUCAGAGCGGGUGUCGACGCCAAUGGAUCUCCCGUAGAUGACGGGGGGAGUAUGCAUUCCCAGCUGGUUGGUCCGUAUGUUGAGACGCUUGCUCGGGAGUGGGGAAUGGAGUUUUGUUCCGAUGAUUGGUUCUUCACGCAGAAAAGGUGGGAUGAGCAUGUGAGGGGUUUGAAGGGUGAAGAGGAGCCUAUUUUUUUGAGUCAGGGGACUGUUGGUUGUGUCUGUUUGGAUCAGUGGGGGAAUCUGGCUGUGGCUACUAGUACCGGUGGUUUGACGAAUAAGUUGCCCGGGAGAAUUGGUGAUACGCCUACUUUGGGAGCUGGGUUCUGGGCUGAGGCUUGGGAUGAGACCGUGUCGGGUGGGGGCGAGGUAGUGCCGGGAGAUUCCUCGGUGGGUGGCUUGCUACACGACGCGAGGAAUUGGCUGGGGGAUUGCAUGCCGUCGUUCUUGCGUGAUCAGGCUUUAUCUAGUUACCUGUCCCUUUCGGGUGAUGGUUCCUCUCGGCAGCUGGAUUUGGGGUCUGAGAAGGCUUGUCAUUCUUAUCAACCUUCUGCUCAAUACUCUCAUCGGCGGGCUGUUGCGGUCUCUGGGACUGGGAAUGGAGACUCGUUCCUUCGGGUUGCGGCUGCGCGCACGGUUGCUGCAAUGCUACGGUUUUCUUCACCCGGCAGGUUCCCUUCGGGUCUUGCGGACGCAGUAACGGCUGUUUCUGGGCCUGGUGGUGAACUUCAACGUUCCGCCGGCUCCAGGUGGACCAAGACUGGCGAGGGCGAGGGGGGUAUUAUCGGCAUAGAGGCAGAAUUUGCCCUUGUAAACAGGGGAUCGGAUGUUAAACUAAAUCGGGGCAAGGUUGUAUUCGACUUCAACUGUGGUGGUAUGUGGCGUGCUUGGGUGGAGGAGGAUGCUACUGGGAAUGAAGUGGAGAGGAUUAUGGUCUUCCGAGAGCAAUAUCAAUAG